CAGGACGGAGCCAAAGGACGGUGGAGAGUCUGGAAUCCGCAUGGUACAAUGAUAUCGGAUAAUCUGAGGCGUAGAGGAGAAGGGAAGAGAGACCCCAACGCCUCCAUAGAGCUCCAGUUUUGCUGCUUGCAUCACAAGCAAAGGAAGAGGGGGUUAUAAAUGCCCCUGAGGCAGAUCGCUGGAAAAGGAAACCCAAUUCGGCUACGAGAAGUCUUUACUGUAUUGGCAAGUCACUUAGGUCAUGUUUCCUCCUCCUUCUUCUUCUUCUUGAUAUUAACAGCAAUGAAACGGACAAAAGAAACUCACAAAGGUCUCUGGAUCAUUGUAGUCAUCCUCAACUCAAGUUGGCUGCUGACUUCAGGGACCUUGCUUCCCAAACUGAAUAAUUCAGGCAGGCUUUGGAAGCGUGAGGCAUCCCAGUAUACUCCAGGAGAGAGCAGUGAUGACCUCAAGGUCUCCCUCUUUCCCUGGCAUAUCCGCAGCCCUUCUAUCACACUGCGUGACUGGAGCCUCAAGUGGAUGUCUUCAGAUGUCUCAGCGCCGCAGGAGGAGGACAGCAAAGAUCACGGAGAAGACAGGACCUCCCACCUGUGGGACCCAGUGAGACAGGAAGGUGCCUUUCCUGGGGGCCAAAGGGCGAUGCUGUAUCCCUCCGGCUGGGUUCCAGGAUGGGGUGGGAAGCGGAGCAUUGUGGUCGCCGAUGACACUGCCUUCCGGGAGAAAAGCAAGAUGCUGACUGCAAUGGAAAGGCAGAAGUGGCUCAACUCCUACAUGCAGAAAUUCUUGGUGGUAAAUUCUAAUUGAGAUGGGGCAGUGAACUGACAAGGGGCAAAGUCAAUGGCAGGUGGAAUGAGAGACAAGUUAGCUGUCCUGUACGACUCCUUUAUCCAUUGGAGAUGCAUUUCUGAACUUUCCAUGGAAAAAGAAGACCAUGGCUAACAGCAAACCCUACUAAAAGGAAUGAUUUCCAAUGGAAGUUACCAUAGAUCAAGCCUUAGAGGACCCAUAAAAUUCCUAGAAAAGUAUUUCCUCUAGAAUGUGUCUGGUUCUCCAGGGUGACCCUAUGGCAGUGGUUCUCAAUGUGUAGGUCCCCAGAUGUUUUGACCUUCAGCUCCCAGAAAUCCUAACAGCUGGUAAAUUGGCUGGGAUUUUUGGGAGUUAUAGGCCAAAACACCUGGGGACCCACAGGUUCAGAACCACUGCCAUAUGACAUGCUUCCAGUAGAAGCAUGUGUGGAGGAACACCUAUCUGCAUAGUUUGCCAGAUGCAGAUAGCUGGAACCACAGGUAUUCAUCUCAUGGGUAUGAGGGCCAUACUGUAUUGCACAACUCACUAGAACCCUUUAAUAAAUAUGCCAGGAUAUGUGAUUGAAUGGCACUGCAUAAGAAGGCUUUCUGGCACAGCAAUUCUUUUGAUGCACAAGAGCAGGGAUGGGUGACUUUCCAUCUUCAGGGUUCACCUUGGAGUAGUUGAAAUUCACUGGUUUAUUGCAACUCUGUAGUGCAGGAGGGUGAUAGAGCAUUCUUUUGGACUAUAGGGUCCUUGUAAAACUGAUGGGCAGCAUGUCUAGUCUUUCAGAAGGACAAAAAGGAAAAAUACUAGUGGAAGUGAUACCAAACCACAAAACCAGGCACAAGCAUUCCACAAGCCCAACCCAGGAAUGGUGUUGACAUAGAACAGUGGUUCUCAACCUUUGGGCUUCCAGGUGUUUCGGACUUCAGCUUCCACAGUUCCUAGCAGCUGGUGAGCUGGCUGGGAUUUCUGGGAGUGAAGUCCAAAACACCUUGGGGGCCCAAAGGUUGGGAACCACUGACAUAGAAGAUCCAGGUUCAAAUCCGCUCGUCCUUGAAGAUUCCUUCCUCUCCAUCUAAUUAUUAUUUCAUCCUUACUAACUCAUUAGAGUUGUUGCAAAGAUACAACUGGGAUGAGUAGAGAUGAACUGUGUGUGCUGCCCUGAGCUUCUUGAAGGAAAAUGUGGGAUACUAUAUAGAUAGAUAGAUAGAGAGAGAGAGAGAGAGAGAGAGAGAGAGAGAACUAAAUAUAAGAUUGCCAGUUUCGAUCUGUCUCAAGGCAACUGUGUUUUGCUAUAUGCCUGUAAAAAUGUUACCUGCUAAUUUCUGUACAGCUACUCAAUUAAAAGGGCACAAGCAUGCAAGA